AUGUCUCUCCGAGGUUCCACUGUCACCACAAGAAAUGCAAUUGUCACUUCUGAAAAAGCUCUUUUGUUGAAUCAUAGCAGGUAUCUGCCACCUGCAAACCUGGUAAAUGAAUAUCCCGAAAGGGACGCCUUGAGAAUGUGCUACCGUAGGUUUAUUCGUUUGACCCCUUUAGUGUCACAACGUCAAAUGGUAAGGACCACGUAUGUUCAGUAUCUUCGCUAUAAGUUCAGAUCUGAGGACUACGCAAGAAAAGUGAGCGCCAGUGCGGUCUCGCUUCCACCGCACAAGCGCAGUAUAUUGGAUGAGGUGGAAAAGAGUCUGCUAUUUUGUACCAAGGCAGUUUCGGAUGUGAAGAAAAGAGUAAUCGACGAAGAAAAGACAUCUAGGGAUAUCAGGACUGCAAAAAGUAUUCUAAAGAACGUCUUGACAGUGGAGUUCGAAAAAAUGGAAUUGAUUUCGAAAGAUCCGGCGCAAAACCACGAACUUUUCCGCAAAUCCUUUUCGUAUCUGUCACCUAGCUCUAGUAGUUCAGCGCUUGACUUACGUUUUUCGUCGUUCAAGCACUUUGACGAAUGUCUUAUUCUUUUGAAUGAAAAGCUUGGAACACGUUUAUGA